AACCUGUACCCGUUUGGAGCCGAAGUUGGUGAUGGAAGAAUACACACGGAAACACAAGAUGUCAAUUCUCCAUACAUCAAACCGCCAAUAGGUUUUCCAUUCAUGGGGAAAUUAUAUGACAGAAUUUAUUUCUCUGAUAAUGGCCUUGUCCAGUUUCAGUCUGCUGCUGAGAAUGAGCAGCAUUUGUUUCCAGCUCCAUUGGCCGCCCCCAGCUUUCCCACUGAUAUGAAUGUGUCACUUUUGGCCGUGUUCUGGGAUGACGUUGACCUCACACAAGGCCAUGGCCGUUUGUUCUACAAGGAAUAUCACGAGUCCGAUAUGGCAGAUGUGUACUCCCACAUAGUGUUCAAUCGUACUGCCAUUGAUGUUUCAAAAUUUGAGGGGCAGAAAGGGAAUCCUGCUUUCACCCCUUCGUGGAUACUCAAAAUCACUUGGGACCAUGUAAUGGCUGUGUCUUACCAGAAGAUCAAUCAGUCAGAGAAAAACACUUUUCAGUGUAUUCUGGCAACGGAUGGGGUACGAUCCUUUGCCCUGCUGCAAUACGGGGAGAUGAGAUGGGGUCCGGGCCAAAGAGAACAUCACGAUGCUCUUAUCGGCUACAUGACUGGGAAAAGCGUCCACAAGGAGCCCACUACUCCCCCAGAAAACAUUUUCGGCCCAGGGGGAAGAUACAGACCGCAACAAGUCAAAGGGCCCUUGGGGAAGUUAGGCCAGAUUGUGUAUGAUUUAAGUGGACCUAAUGAGUCUGAGGCAACGCCAGGACUUGCGUGCCAGGCAUGGGCAAUGAAGCAGCCUGAUCCUGCUGACUGGACUCAUGGCUUACCUUCAUGUCACUGUACCCGUACCCAGGCUCUGGAAGAUUUGUCCUUUCUGCAAGAUACCGCUGAGCAAGGAUCACAAUUGAAGAUUUUGAGGGGUCAGAGAUGGGGUGCUGAUGGGGGCCACUUCUUCCGCUCCAUUUUGGCCAACAAAUACGGAGCCGGAAAAAGAUGCGUGUAUGAUCCGCAGGGGCCUCUGCUGGCGGGUUACAACGAGCGCUACUUCUCAAGACAAAGUACCCAGAAACAUAUUGAUGAAGACCUUCUGCCUUUCCAGUGGUGUUGCAUUGGAUCUCCUCUUUGCCACCUUUACCUCAAAAAGCGGCCAAUCGACCGCUGCCAAGGCUACAAUUGGGGCAGUCUGGAUGGCUCCAAGCUAGGCAACACGGCAACCAAUGGUGUCGCAUUAGUAUAUGGCAGCCUCCAUUUCAUCACCUUUGACGGCACAAAGUACUCCUUCAAGGGAUUAGGAGUGUUUGUGAUAGUUCGGCUAUCUUCCAACACUGGAUCGAAUAUCUUCACCCUGCAAGGACAGACUGAGAGACUGCGCACACACCAAAAAGGGAGCAUUAACUUCCCAGUGGUGGUACGCAUGGCCGCGUUCCACCAGGGCAUUGGCAAGAUUGAAUGGAGGUGCGCAGAGAAAGGAGAAGGACUGCGGUUGUUGAUAGAUGACGCCGACAUUUUUGUCACUGUUGGUGUGGUGCACGUGGGGGAAAGAGACUUUGCCGUGCGCUGUAUUUCAUUGGAUCGCUGUGCAGCUUUGUACGCUGGUGGUCUGCAUGUGCUGGUGUGGCGUGUGGAAGGCCACAACCAGUUGGCGGCCAUCGUGCAAGUUCCUCAGACCUUUUACAACCGAACAGUGGGUCUCAUGGGCCUCUGGAGUACUAACCGUUCAGAUGACUUCCUCAUGUCCGAUGGCCGGCCGCUGUCCUCAGUAGAUCGUAAUCCGCCCUCAGAAGAGAAGCUGCAUCUUUUUGGCUUAUCCUGGGCAGUCCCACAACCAGAGCGCCUGCUGUUCUCUUCUUCUCCUCUGGAUCCAUUUGAACCAAUCUCUCUCAAUGAAUUACUGAGAGGCUUCAGUCCUGACGUGGUGGAGGAUAUGAGGAGAACCUGCCAAGGCAGCGUGCAAUGUGUCCAAGACAGUCUUGCAUCCGGCACAUCUGACCUGGGACUUCAAACCCUGAAUGCAGAGAAACAAUACGAAAAUUUAGCCCUAAUAUAUGGCAAUACACCGCCCAUAGUGACAGAACCGACACUGAUCCACGCUCAGGUCAACACUACUGUCAACAUACGAAUUAUCGCCCAGGAUCCAAAUGGAGAUCCUAUUAUUUAUUCAAUACUCUUUCCGAGACCCCCACAGGCCUCCAUUGGCAGUGGUGAUGGUUACUUAAUGUGGACGCCUCUCAGCAUCAUGCCCGUCAAGCUAACUAUUAAGGUCACAGAUAAGCUGUCCAGCUCCCUGUUUACGCCAAUUCUGCGACUCUGCAACUGCUUUAAUGGAGGCACUUGUGUGUCUGACAACAUUAUUGAAAACCAUCUACAUGGAAAGUUCCAGGUGUCAGGAUGCCUAUGCCCAAAAGGAUUCAGUGGCAAGUUUUGUAGGGAGAUUGCAAACCCAUGUAAAGGUAAACCAUGUUUCCGAGGAGUACAGUGUCAAUCGGAUUUAAAGAGCGGGACCUUCGACUGCGGACAGUGCCCGAAUAAUACCGUGUCCAACGGGAAGCAGGGAUACAAGUGCUUCGAGCAUGACAUGUGCAUGCCUCCUUUCACCUUCCCCUGCCACAAAGAUGCAACUUGUUCCAGCACGAAACAAAACUACACCUGCGCAUGUAAACCCGGCUUUGUCGGAGAUGGAUUCAAUUGUACAGACAUAGAUGAGUGUGCUGAGAUGUCAACGUGUCCCAAUGCCAAAUUUGAGUGUAGGAACAAACCGGGAUCUGUCGACUGCUUCUGCAGAUACCAGAACGAUAAGGACCCUGAUGGAUGUGGCGAUUCUGCCAAUCCUCCAGGGGGUAAUGUGUUCAAUGUGUCUGUGGAUUGGAGGAGGAACAGAGCUGAUGGACUUAGGCAGCUGGAAAACAUUCUGUCCCUAGGCUUCCAGAAUAAAUUCUAUAAUGCCAGUAAGAAGAAUCUAGCACAGAAUUCCAGUCCACAUCCAGUUGAGUAUCGUAUCAACGUGUCCAGUGACACACCUCACUGGUACAUCAGAGAUUACCUGGCCAGAGUCAGCAGCCACUAUGACAUCAGAAGCAUAGAUGUUGAUGAUCUGGAUGAAUGUCAGGCCAAGGAGGCGGCGUGUGUGCCCCCUGCCCUCUGUAUCAACACUUAUGGGGGCUACCGGUGUGUGUGCAAUGGCACAACUGACGUGGAUAAAACACAAUCCUGUGUAUUAACAGAUAGAGAAAACAUCAACACAGACAACCUGGAUCUUAUAUUGGGCCUGGUACUUGGCAUCGGCAUCCCCAUGCUGCUUCUUCUGGCUGCACUGGCCUGUUUCUGCUGUUGCCGCAAAAAGACGGUGACUGGAGAUCUGCCUCACUUGUUAGCAGACAACGUACAGGAAGCAAACAAUCCUCUGUCCUUCAACUACUCGGACCCGACUCUGCACUACAUGACCCACUGCAGUCCCCGGAUCAUUGACAACAUCACACCACGGCAACACAUCAGAUAGCACAUGCUGAAUUUACACAGCAUGUUUUUGUUACACUUUUGAGACCUACCAAAAAUACAUUGCACAUAGACAUGCAAAACAUACCAGAAGCACUUUUCAAGCAGUUGUUUUAUACUGGAGAAGAAUGACUUAUUUAUAUUGUGAACAACAAAUAAAUCUGAGCGACUUUUAAA